CCUCCCAUGAAUGUGAAGUGCAGUGUCUCUCAGACAAUGGCGACAGCGCAGAGCCUUUCAUUGGAGCUGCCGAGGGACGUCACAUUAUUGUAUCGCCAGCUCUAGAGUCAGAUUUUGCCUUUAGUUCAAAGAAUCAGUUCUCAGAGGGGAGGCGGACGUCAGCGAGGGAAUGUCAGCAAUGUCCCCUUCUAAUUGGGAAAGAAAAAGGUGCAUUAUCCAGGGAUCAGCGAGAGUGCAGCCCGUGCAUAUAAGGCGUGAACUCACAAGCUUUGCUGCCUCCUCCUGCCCAACAUGUGCUCCGAGGUCUGAGGCUCCAGCUCCCCCUGAGAGCUCCUGCCGCCACCACUGAAAGACCACAUUUCUCAGCGAUGGAUCCAUCAAACAAGGAGAGCUCUCAGUUAUGUUCCCGAGCCGUGCACGAACGAUCCUCCUCUGCGUGUCGGUGUCCUAUACUUCAGACCCAGAAGAGCCGCUGUGGAGGGUUAACGAUAUUCCUGUCCGCCAUCAGCUUUGUGUAUUUUGCAAAAGCUUUAACUGGAAGUUACCUGAAAAGCUCCAUCACUCAGAUAGAGCGCAGAUUUGAACUCCCAUCAUCAUUGGUUGGUGUAAUUGACGGAAGCUUCGAGAUCGGGAAUCUCCUGGUUAUUACUCUCGUCAGUUAUUUUGGAGCAAAACUUCACAGGCCAAAACUAAUUGGGAGCGGCUGCCUGGUGAUGUCAGUGGGAACCUUCUUAAUUGCUUUGCCCCAUUUUAUUAUGGGUCGCUAUAUGUAUGACAGAGCGCCAGCUCGGAUGUCAAAUACCAGCUCCUCCCCAUGUCUGCAAGACAUCGCCACCAGCCAAAACGAUUCUACAAUGGACAAAUCGCACAUGAAUGCGGAGCCAGGGUGUCAGAGAGAUUCUGAGAGUUAUCUGUGGAUCUACAUCCUGUUGGGGAAUCUGCUUCGUGGAAUCGGGGAAGCUCCAAUCCAGCCGCUAGGGAUCUCAUACAUCGAUGACUACGCAGCUGAGGACAAUGCUGCCUUCUACAUUGGAUGCAUCCUGACUGCGGCAGUCAUCGGCCCCAUUUUUGGAUUUCUUCUGGGGUCCCUUUGCGCCUCGUUAUUUGUUGAUGUUGGAGCAGUGGAUCUGGACAGAGUGACUAUCACCCCUAAGGAUGAGCGGUGGGUGGGGGCUUGGUGGCUUGGUUACCUGGUUGCAGGUGUGAUAAGCAUCCUCGCCACCAUUCCAUUCUGGUUUAUACCGAAGGAACAGCCAAGAUCUGAGCUCCGGAAGAAUUCCAGUACCCCCUCUGAGCAGUCCAAAUUCAUCCUGGAGGAGCUGAGAGACCAAAAGGUUCAGGAUCAGGGGCGGCUACUCACAAUGGCCAGAGACUUUUUCCCAUCGUUGAAGGAGCUUCUGGGUAAUCCAGUGUUCUUCCUGUAUCUGUGCGGAAGCGUCUUCCAAUAUAAUUCUCUGGUGGGAAUGGUCACUUAUAAACCGAAAUAUAUCGAACAGCAGUAUGGACAGACAUCAUCACGGACAAACUUCAUCAUCGGUCUCAUUAACGUCCCGGCAGUUGCGAUGGGAAUUUUCCUGGGGGGCGUUGUGAUGAAGAAGUUCAGGAUUAAUAUUGUGGGAGCGGCAAAGCUUCUGCUGUCUUCUUCGGUGAUUGGAUAUGCUAUAUUGAUGUCCCUGUUUGGCAUGGGAUGUGAGCGUUCCUCUGUGGCCGGGCUGACCGUGUCCUACGCAGGGUAUUCGUACAUCUCACAGGAGGACGGUGCACUUGCAGAAUGUAAUGUGCACUGUCUGUGUCCUCAGAGUCACUGGGAGCCGGUCUGCGGGGACAAUGGCAUCACCUAUUAUUCGGCCUGCUAUGCUGGCUGUCACUUGAGCAAUGGGACGGGGAAGGUAGCAGUCUAUUCUAACUGCAGCUGUGUGACGCGGCCGCCUUUGCCCUCUGGUGGCAGAUCAGCAGUGCCUGGUCCUUGUUCCAGGGGGACAACAUGUUCCAGGAUGUUCCUGUACUUUAUGGUGAUCUCUGUCAUUACCUCCUUCACCCUGUCCUUCGGAGGGACCCCCGGAUACAUCCUCCUUCUCAGAUGCAUAAAACCUGAACUCAAGUCCCUAGCGCUGGGGAUUUACACUAUGGCGGUCCGAGUUCUAGCUGGGGUCCCUGCCCCCAUGUAUUUUGGGGCCCUCAUUGACAGCGUGUGUCUGAAAUGGGGCAGCCGGCAGUGCAGCGGGAAAGGCUCCUGCAGGUUGUACAACACUGACGCGUUUCGGUUCAUCUAUCUAGGGAUGACGCUGGCACUCGGUGUUGUCUUCCUCAGCCUUUCCACCGCUGUUCUCUACAUACUGAAAAAGCAAUGUCCAACGGGAAAGAACAGUCCAUCUGGUAAUGGCUGUAAGAGAUCCUCGCUGCCCUCCAACCUGGUCGGUAACGUUCACCUGCUACAGUCGCGUUACUGGAUGCAAAAGGAGACCCGCCUCUAGCACCAUUGUUGCAAGAAUUUCCCAGCAUCCGCACUUCCAGCAAUUAAUGACUCGUUAGCAAUAAAAUAUGAGCAGUUCUACAGAAAUCAUGAAGAUCGGAUGCCGCUGAACAAUGGCCGCUCCUAUAGAUCAUAACAUUAGAAGAGGCAAGAGCCAAUCAGAGCACAGGGAUGUGAACGUGUCAGUCAGUAGAGGUACAGAGCUGAGUAACAACUAACAUAUAGCCUCCACUGGGGUUAUCCUAAAGCCUUCCUAGAUGCUUAAUUAUGACACCUCCAUCGCUCCUGUAUCUCUAGACGACUGAGCAGAUAUGCCGUGCAGGACCCUGGGAGAGCUGAGUGAUAACUAUUAGGCACCAGCUCAGUAGGAAAUAACGAAUCCUAGCACUCUGCAGAAUUAUUCAGUUCGGUAACUUCUGCUCAUAUAUAGCUGGACAGAUCUGCUUUUCAGGAGUUUGGGAAAGCUGGGUGAAAAACCAUGUAUGGCAGUAAU